UCAUGUAGCCAGUAUCACUCAUGGUGUAAAUAUAAAGGUAUGGUGGUCUGUAACAUCAUGUGUCUGUGUUUCCUACAGAUGUUCCACAGCUGGUGCUGGUUAAAGAAGAAGCUCCUGAAGAACAGAGUGCUGGUGUGGACCAGCAGGACCCAGAACACCUCCACAUAAAGGAGGAACAGGAGGAGCUCUGGACCAGUCUGGAGGGAGAGCAUCUCUGUUUGAAGGAGGAGACUGAAGCUGUCGGGUUUCCUGUUACUGCUGUUUCUAUAAAGAGUGAGGAUGAUGAAGAGAAACCUCUGGUCUCACAGCUUCAUCAGCAGCAAAUAGAAGACAGAGAUGUUCCAACCAGCAGCUCAGCUGACCAGAUGGCAGCAGAAACUGGUGGAGGAGCAGGAACUAGCAGGAACCCAGAUCUGAACCCUCAUGAACAAACAUCUGAUUCUUCAGAGACUGAAGUUAGUGGAGAUGAUGAUGAAGAUGAUGAUGAUGAUGAUGGUGUGAAUCUGGACUCUGAGCUGUCAGACUCUGGGUCUGAAACUGGAGAUGAAGAUGAUGACUGGAAUGAGAGCAGGUCUUCUGAGUCAGAUGUUUCAAGGAAGAGAGAAGAGACGGAUGAGAAACCUCUGUUCUUACAUUUCCACAACCAUCAAAUGAAAGACGGAGGUGUCCCAACCAGUUGCUUGGCUGGGCAGAUGACAGCAAAAGUUGGUGGAGGAGCAGAAACUAACAAGAACCUAGAUCUGGACCCUAAUGAAAAGACAUCUGAUUCUUCAGAGAUUGAAGUUAGUGGAGAAGAUAAAGAUGAUGUGAAUCUAGACUCCGAGCGUUCACACUCUGGGCCUGGAACUGGAAACGGAGACCAUGGCUGUAAUGAGAACAAGUCUUCAGAGUCAGAUAUUAAGACCGUCAACAAAUCAUUUAGCUGCCCUGUGUGUGGUAUACGGUUCCUCCACAAGUGGUCUCUUCAGGAACAUGAGAGAGUGACAAGUCAUUCAGCAGGAAAGUCUUCAGAAUGUUCGGUUAAUACAAAAUGUGUGAAAGAGAAGCAACAUGGAGGCUCAUGUAGAAAAGUCCAGAAAGAACCAAAAUCAUUUAGUUGUGAUGACUGUGGGAAAAGAUUUAUCCAGAAAAGUAAUUUAAACACACACAUUAGAGUCCACACAGGAGAGAAGCCUUAUGUCUGCGAGCUCUGUGGAUACAGAUGUACCCAAAAGGCACAUUUAAACUAUCACAUGAAAGUCCACACUGGAGAGAAGCCUUUUGCCUGCGAGCUCUGUGGAUACAGAUGUGCCCUAAAGUCACAUUUAAACCGUCACAUGAAAGGUCACACUGGAGAGAAGCCUUUUGCUUGUGAGCUUUGUGGACAAAGAUUUAGCCAUAAAAAUAGUUUAAACACACACAUGAGAGUCCACACAGGAGAGAAGCCUUUUGCUUGUGAGCUCUGUGGACAAAGAUUUAGACAUAAAAAUAGAUUAAACACACACAUGAAAGUCCACACAGGAGAGACGCCUUUUGCUUGUGAGCUUUGUGGACAUCGAUUUAGCCAUAAAAAUAGUUUAAACACACACAUGAAAGUUCACACAGGAGAGAAGCCUUUUGCCUGUGAGCUCUGUGGACAAAGAUUUAGCCAUAAACAUAGUUUAAAAACACACUUGAGAGUCCACACAGGAGAGAAGCCUUUUGCCUGUGAGCUCUGUGGAUACAGAUGUACCCAAACGUCACAUUUAAACACACACAUGAGAGUCCACACAGGAGAGAAGCCUUUUGCUUGUGAGCUCUGUGGGAAUAGAUUUUGUGAAAAGGGAAAUUUAAACACACACAUGAGAGUCCACACAGGAGACAAGCCUUUUGCCUGUGAGCUCUGUGAAUACAGAUGUUCCCAAAAGUCAAGUUUAAACACACACAUGAGUGUCCACACAGGAGAGAAGCCUUUUGCCUGUGAGCUCUGUGAAUACAGAUGUACCCUAAAGUCAAGUUUAAAGGAUCACAUGAAAGUCCACACAGGAGAGAAGCCUUUUGCCUGUGAGCUCUGUGGACAAAGAUUUAGCCAUAAACAUAGUUUAAAAACACACUUGAGAGUCCACACAGGAGAGAAGCCUUUUGCCUGUGAGCUCUGUGGGAAUAGAUUUUGUGAAAAGGGAAAUUUAAACACACACAUGAGAAUCCACACAGGAGAGAAGCCUUUUGCCUGUGAGCUCUGUGAAUACAGAUGUACCCAAAAGUCAAGUUUAAACACACACAUGAGAGUCCACACAGGAGAGAAGCCUUUUGCCUGUGAGCUCUGUGGAUACAGAUGUACCCAAAAGUCAAGUUUAAACGAUCACAUGAAAGUCCACACAGGAGAGAAGCCUUUGUCUGUGGGCUGUGUGGACAAAGAUUUAGCCGAAAGACAAAUUUAAAGAGACAUACGAGCAUCCACACAUGACUCGAGGGAUUUAUUUAACAACAGUACUUCCAAAUGUACUAUUUAGUUUUUUUACAACCUUAAUAUUAGUCUUGUGCCUCUGCUCAACUACUUUGAUCGGCCUUUGAGCCACCUCUUCUUUUGAGUUUUUUUUUUCAAAUCUCCUUUGUUUUUAAAACUCAGGCCUUAACCAAACAUUUGAGAUGUUCAUUCAUGAAUUCUGAAUACAAAAAAAUAUUAAAGAUUAAGAAAAAACUGUUAUAACCUCCCUUGUUUAAGAAACAGACAAGACAACAGGCAUAUGAUGAUUGUAGUACAUAACCCACUGCAAUUUAGAGCCGUUAGAUACCAGUGGCGUCUGCUUUAAACAAUUUUUCUGUACAUAAAGUGAUAGCAUACAAUGUUGUAAUAACUGCAGCUUAAAAAUAAUGUGUCUUUAUUCAUUUGGAGUCCCUAAGAACAAAUCCCACCUUAAAGGCUGUGGAGAGACAGCUGGGACUGUUGUCAAAAAGUCAUAAAUUACAAGGCGGCUCUGUGGAGACUCCAUUCUCCUACAAUAGCAUUUUGCUAUUCUAAGCAGGCUUAGGAAUGUGCCUGUACCAGAUUUUUUAGAGAUGCUGUUGUAGAGUUAUAAGCAGUGGACAGAUGCUGGAAAAACAGAACCACUUUUGGGCUGCAUGGUUCUCCACCGGUGUACCGAUGCUUGUAUUAACAUGGACUAGAUUGUAAUAAACCGGUUAUCUUUUUUAACUCAAACUUUGCCAUGAUUGAGUCAUAGCACUCCAAGAAACAGCUCAGCAUGAAAAUUAACCACAUUCCCUUUAUUUCUGAUGACACAACUAAGCACUGCUGGUGGACAAUUAAUCACAGACACUUAGCACGCGUUCUGUAUUCAGUUUGAACGAGGUUUCACGCCCUCUCAGUAGCGCAGCAUGGUGCGGUUGUCCUGAUUUUUUCAUGUAGUUGUGGUUUAGGCAUUUUUUGCCAUUAUCACUGAUAAAAGCUGUGGGUUUAUUCAUUUGUGAAUUAAUUAAACAAUACAGAUCACAGUCCAAUGUUUUUGUUUUGUUUUGAUUUUUAAGUAAGGUUCAGCAAAUGCUGUCGAAUCACUGAACGCCAUCAUCUGGGAAAUGAAAUAUGAACUGUUUCCAAGUACCGCUGUAAUGUACUUGCAUUCCACUAGGCAGAAGAAAAAAUAUUUGUAUAUAGCGUCUCUCAAGAAAAGCUCACGAGGCGCUUUAUAAGAACGACAAAACUGAAAAAAAGACGAACAAAGACCAUAAUAAAAAAAAUUUAAAAAGGGAAAUUUUUAGACUAAAAAUGAAUCCUGAAAAAGACAAACCUGACAGAGCCAGUAGUAGGGCUGGGUGAUAUGACGAUUUUAGACCGUUUUACGAUCUACACAUCUGACGGUCUGUCAUUUUUGAGAGACCUUUUUAUCACGAUUCACAGCUCUGCUGUUGAAUUUCUGCCUCUGAAUGAAAAGGGAACUUACCUCAGGUGAAUGACAUGCCUUUGUUUGACCCUUAACCAAUCAGAGUGAGUCAUAGUAAUAUAUUAGUGCCCCGCUUGUUUUCACCUGUGUGUGAACAAACAUGGCUACGGCCGCAGCCGAGAGCGACAACGAGGUUUUCGUUCCGAAGAGGAACGCCUCGUCCAUUAUAUGGAAUUGGUUUGGUUUUUCACCAGAUGACAAAGAGCAGCGAAACGUCAUUUGCAAAGUUUGCAAGGAGAGCGUCAAGGCAAAUGAUGGUAACACCACAAACUUGUUUAAUCACUUGAAAAGAAGGCAUCCCAAACAAUUAGGGGUGGAUCCGAACCCGAAUACGGUAUUCGGAAAGACAAAAAAAUAACGUGUUUUUUACAAAUACUUAUUUUGAACAAAUACUUGAAAAAAAAUAUUUGCUCUCGGGAGCAAGAAAAACGUGAUAUCAAAAAGCUGCAUUUCUUCAUGAGAACGCAGUGCUUUCCCGGAUGAGUGAGUGACGUUCAGGAGUCGGCCGGGGUGGGGGUUACAUAAGGUUGCGCUGGCUGACAGACUGCCCCACACAGCUUGACUGAGCGAGAAAAGACUUAACUGCAUCACUAUUUUUGUUGAGAAGAUUUUUGUACUGUAACUGGGUUCCGGAGGCAGUUUAUAACUUUCGGGAAGCGGAGUUUGAUCCGGGGAUUAUUCUGUUGUGCAGCAUUAUUGACGUCUGCAGUCGAGUCUGAAAAAAAAAAGACAGGAGCGCCGUUAUGGCUGCUCUCAUGGUCUGCCUGUAUCUGUCUUGUCUAUGUGUGUGUGUGUGUGUAACCUUGGUCAGGUUGUACUGUGGAGUCAAGUUCCUACGCUCUGAAAGGAGCGCUGGCAAUAAAAUUCUUCUGAUUCUGA